UCUUUCAUCAAACAUCUCAAUUAAGCUUUUUCUUCCACAAUCAUCAUGGCUUCAUCUUUCUCUUCCGCAAUGCUUAUCAUUGUUUCCUUUUCUGUUUUCGUGCUCGCCGCAAAUGCAAUGCGAGAUAUGCCCAACGCCACUUAUGUGCCCGAAAAAGUGUCGUCGACGAUGUACACAAAGAUCGGCGAAACUUUUUAUCAAAGAGUGGCAACUCUAAGGCGUAUUUUGGUUAAAUCUAAAUGGAAAGGUGAAUGUUUUACAGACUCCAGUGGUUGGUUCUCAACUGGUACUGAUCGGUCCAUCUUCUGGGUUUAUGUUUCGGGUAAGAGUGCAAAAAGCAUUGGAUGUACGGAUUCUUAUGCGUAUUUUGUAGGAGGUGACCAAGUACAAUCUGCCACUGUCUUUACCUCUCUGAAGACAUCUGAGAAAACGUUCUUAACCAACCAAACACUACUAAACGAAAUAUAUAAAUCUGGGAUUCAAAUUUUCAUGAAAAAAACAACGGUCACUAGCGACGAGGAAAGCGGACAAGACGGUAUCAAACAAGUGGUGGAGACAUAUUGAAAAUGUAUCGAUAAGGGUCGGGUUUCGAGUUUUAAGUUCAACUAAGCAUUGUGUGUAAAAAUAAAAGACAUUGUACUGCUGAAAUUAUAUCAGCUCUUUAUUUUGGGUCAGUGUUUCUGUUUUUUUAAAGUUAUGGUCAUUUGCCGGAAUAAAAUAAAAGUCCUAUUUGUUAGUUUACUUUAAACAUGGGGACUUUUUAGUAAUUAUGUGUUAUUCGUCACCUUUGGCGAUGAUGUAAUUUUAAUGAUUGAAGCUAGUGAAAAAUGGUUCUUUCUUGUUA